AUGACUCUUCCCAGGACCAGCUCAGCCACCAGAAGCAUGACUCUUCCCAGGGCCAGCUCAGCCACCAGAAGCAUGACUCUUCCCAGGGCCAGCUCAGCCACCAGAAGCAUGACUCUUCCCAGGGCCAGCUCAGCCACCAGAGGGCCAGAAGAGACCCAGGGGGCCAGAGGAGAACGGGUGGCACUGCUCAACAUGGAACUUCUUGGGUUGCCUAACAUUGGCAACACUUGCUUCCUUAACGCCACCCUGCAAUGCCUCCUGGUCCUGCCAUCAUUCUCAAAGGAAAUCCUGCACCAGGAACAACUCUGGAGCUCCUCCCCCUUCUCCAACCUGCUCAGGUGUCUGUCUGAUGUGCACCGUUCGGGUCGACCUGACAAUGUGGCAAACCAGGCCUCAAAAGCAGACCUCAUGUGGAAGGUCAAGUACUCCUUGUCGGGAUACGAUUUGAAGUAUCUGGGGGACACGCAACAGGACGCACACGAGUUACUUGUGGAUAUGCUGUGCCAGCUGAAGGAGGAGGGCAUGAUUCUGAAGACACUUGGGAUGAACUAUACCUGCCCUGUUUCCCAGCUGGAGUUCCAACUUGUGUCGGUGCGCACAUGUACCAGCUGUGGGCGCGAGUCGUCUACCAGAGAGGACUACAACCACCUCUCAUUGGACUUCAGCCCUGAGCGCACCUUGCUGAGCAGCCUGGCACUCACUUUCAAAAGUGAAAAGGUUGAAUUCACAUGUGAGGGCUGUAAAGGCCUCCACGCCUCAAAGGUGGAGCAGUUCCACACACUGCCUCUUGUGCUGGUUCUGCAUCUGAAGAGGUUUGGAGGACCUGGGGGGUUGGAGAAGCUGGAGGCUCCUCUUUUGUUUCCUUCGGAGCUGAGGCUCUCCACCCUCUGUGGGGACAUGGUGCCACACCUGCACAGUGCCAGCCCACAGGCCCUCACCAGCCAGGCCCCCAGCAUCCAGGGGUCCAUCCCCCAGACCCUCGCCAGCCAAGUCUCCAGACCAUCUGGAGAGGUCAAAGACAGCGCCCUCUGCUGUUCAGAAGCCAGUGCAGUCAGUGAAUGGUUACUACCAGCUGACUGGCGUCGUCUCUCAUUUGGGAGGCUCCGCAAACUCCGGGCACUACAUUAGUGACAUAUUGCAUGCCAGUGGAAACUGGUUCUGCUGUAACGACAGCCAGGUGUCAAUAUCCAAUGUAGCCACUGUGCUGAGGACCAGAGCCCGGAGUGCCUACAUGCUCUUCUAUAUGUUCAGGUACUGCUUACUCUCACCAUCUAUAUUCUUGUGUUGCUAUUUAUGUGUACGGUUCUGUUCACCCUACAGGGCAAGAGAGCGGGAGGCCCCAGCACACAGGGCCUAACAGGGCCACCAGCAUCAGCCCCAGCCUAAACAGGGGUAGCACCUGGACCAGCACUCAGACCUGCCUCAACAUGGGAAGAACCAGGCCCAGUCUCAACAUGGGCAGAACAAGACCCAGCCCCAACACCCUCAGACCUGCCUCAACAGGUGCAGCAUUCAGCCCUACUUCAAUCAUGCUGCUCUUCAACACUAGCAUGAACAUUCUUUCAGUAGCUUAUGUCAUCAAUUCCUGCCCUUGUCUUGACUACUUCACCUAAUGUAUAAAGUAUACACACUAAAUGUAGUACACAUGUAGAUGUGGUGGACAGAGAGUGUGAUUAUUUAGAGGAUAUAACUUCCCUUCUAUUUGGUUUGGUUUGAAAUCCUCCUGUUGUGAAAUACACUGUGGUGUCUAACCUCUUAUUCAGCAUGGUCACACCGGAAGACCUGCAAUAUUAAUAAAGACAAGCAAAUGUAAGAAAA